GCGAACGAACCUGAACCCCUGACCAUCCAACACCGAGGAGUGCGAUAUUGCUGUGCACUUUGUAGGACUCGUUUUUCCCACUGGCCGUCGGAGGCCCGUUUGAAUUAUUUCUAUUUCACUUAUAUUUGGGCAUCAACAACUUGCCUUUGAAUUCUCGGCUGACUGAAGUUAGUAGGGAUUCAGAGUGCACGGCAGAUGGAGGACCCUGCAGACUCAGGCGGCGGUGGUGCAGCAGCUCCAGAGGGCCCCACAGCGGGACUGAUGGAGGUACGCUGCCCACCAGGAGCUUGCCCUUUGCGGCUACUGGAGUGGAAAGUUAAGCCUGGCUCGUUUGUCAAUGUGGAUUCGGUACUUGCACUGUGCGCCCCUAUUCGACCUGCGGAGGAGAGUGAAGCAGGAGUGCGGGAGCAGGCGAACAGACUGCCUGAAAAGAAGGUGAAAUCGGACCGUGCAGGAGUUGUGAAGGAGCUGUGCUGUCAAGUUGGACAAGUCAUUUCGCCUGGUGGUGUGGUGGCACGGAUCGAGGAAUGCAGCCAUCCCAUAGUGAUGAAGGGCAUGUGUGCCGAGUGUGGGAAGGACCUCGCACAGCUGCAGAGCAAGAAUGGGAAGCAGCAAGUCCAGACCUCCACGGCAAACGUCUCCAUGGUGCACAGUGUUCCGGAACUGAUGGUCAGCUCUGAGCAAGCGGAGCUUCUUGGUCGUGAGGAUCAGCAGCGUCUCCAUAGAAACCGGAAGCUGGUGCUGAUGGUGGACCUGGACCAGACUCUCAUACACACCACAGAACAACACUGCAGACGCCUAGCCAACAAGGGCAUCUUCCAUUUCCAGCUGGGCCGGGGGGAGCCCAUGCUUCAUACGCGCCUGCGGCCGCACUGCAAGAACUUCCUGGAGAAGAUCGCCAAGCUCUACGAACUGCACGUCUUCACUUUCGGCAGCAGGCUAUACGCCCAUACCAUAGCAGGUUUUCUGGAUCCUGAAAAGAAGCUGUUCUCCCACCGCAUCCUGUCCAGAGAUGAGUGCAUCGACCCUUACUCUAAAACAGGAAACUUAAGGAACUUGUUUCCGUCGGGGGACAACAUGGUGUGCAUCAUCGAUGACCGCGAGGACGUGUGGAAGUUCGCGCCCAAUUUGGUGACGGUGAAGAAGUAUGUCUACUUCCAGGGCACCGGUGACAUCAACGCACCGCCUGGAUCCCGAGAGGCCACCAGGAAGGGAGCGCAAGCAGGCAAGGUGGCAGACGGCACGGCAGAGUCCACAGACGCCACGGCGACCACAUCAGCAUCGGAGGAGCAGAGCAAUGGCCUCAGGAAACGGGCGCGGGACCGACACGCACAACCACCGCCCUCCACCUCCACGUCCUCCACUCAGGGAAACAACGACAGGACUCAGGGGGAGGCAGAGGGGGAGGGGGGGUCAGGAGAGGUCAAGGGGGAGGUGGAGGCCCAGUCGAGGGUCGGGGGUGACGAUAUGACGGAGGCGGAAAGGAAAGGGGACGCAGGGAGUAGCGGGAGCAGCAGCAGCAGUGCUGCCACAAAGGAGAGCCGGCCGCAGGAGAAGGAGUCGGAAGGAGCCGAGAAGACCAACGCAAGCACAGAACAUACAGCAGGGACGACCACCACCACCACGUCUACAAACGAUCUAGACUUCAACUUGUCCAGUGACAGCGACGAGGAGAGCGACUUGGAAACCAAGGCGGCGAGUCCGCAGCCGGCCCAGGGCUCAGGAGACCCGGCUUCAGCCGCCAGCAAAGAGGAGAGUGGCGAUAGCGGCGAAAAGAGGAAAGAGGCGAGCGAGGAGCGCGACGGGCCGUCGACGAGAGAGCUGGGCAACGGAGACAGCCCGCAGAGCUCUGAAAAACAGGCCAGAGCGUCCUCCACAGCGAAAAGCGAAAGCUCCGGUGACCCGAGCACGACCGACAACCCCAUCGAUGAGGACGAUGUGGAUAUGGGCGACGAUGAGGAAGAUGAUGAUGAGGAGGACGAAGACGACGAGGAGGAAGAUCGUGACCAUGACGACCACCUGAUCUACCUGGAAGAGGUGUUAAGGCGUGUCCAUGGCGAGUACUACUCUCGCUACGACGCCUACCUGAGCCACAACGGAGCAGGCGCAGCAGGAUCAGCAGCAUCGGCGGCGGCGGCGGCUUCUGACGCGGAGCAGCCCGACAUGCGUAAGAUUGUGCCGGAGCUGAAGGGGCGUGUGCUGGCAGGCACCACCGUGGUGUUCAGCGGGCUCUAUCCCACCAACUACCCCAUGGAGCGCACGCGCGAGUUCUACCACGCCAGGGCGCUGGGGGCGCGCAUUGCGCGCAGCCUGGUGCUCACCCCCAAAGAGCCCGACAGCACCACACACCUCAUCGCCGCACGCGCAGGUACGGAUAAGGUGCGUCAGGCGCUGCGUUGUAAACACCUGCACGUGGUGAAUCCUGAUUGGCUGUGGGGUUGCCUGGAAAGAUGGGAGAAGGUGCAGGAACAACUGUACCCAAUAAAGGAGGACUACAGCAAAGGAGCCAGGAGUAGUAGCCCCGCCUUCUUCCCCGACCCCCCUUUCUCGCCUCCUCUCCAUGGGCCCCCCCAGCCUGACUCCGCUCCUCGCCCCCCGCCCCCAGAGGUGCGCACCUACGACCCCGUCACUGGCAAGCUGAACCGACACCACCCUCCACCCACUUCCUUCCCCACCCAUCACCACCACCAGCAGCAACCUCGGCCGCCCCCUCCAGAGGUGCGUACGUACGACCCUGUGACGGGGAAGCUGAUCCGGAGAGGACCCCAGCAGCACAAGUCGUCCUACGGCCACGCUGGACCUUCCUCAUCAUCAUCAUCAUCAUCAUCAUCAUCACGGUCGACAUUCAGCAGUGGCCAGUCCCCAGACGACGAGCAGCCUGGACCCUCCAAACGAAACCGCCAGCCCAGCAUGUCAGAAACGAACCCCCUGUACAUGCUCUGCAAAGAGGACCUGGAUGAUAUGGAUAAAGAGGUGGACGAUAUCCUGGGCGAGGAGAGCGACAACGAGAGUGACGAGCAGCGAAAAGAGGAGGAGGAGAAGAUGGAAGUGGAGGGAGGAGGAGGAGGUAGGGGAGGAGCUGAUGAGGAGGAGGAGGAGAAGCCUCAGACGAGCCAACAGAGUUUGGCAGCUAUGCACCAUCACCACCACCAGCAGCAGCAGCAGCAGCAGCAGCAGCAGGCCACGCCAACAGCAGCGGGCCCCAGUGCCAGGGAGGAGCGCAGACACGCACAGCCCAGCCACGGAGCCUGUCUGGCGGGCAGCGAUCCCAGGGGUCAGAAGCGAAAGCUGGAGUCAACGCGAGAGGAGGAGGAGGACGACGACGAGAAGGAGGAGAAGGAGGACAAAAGUACAAAGGCCGAAGAGAAAGAGAAGGAAGAUAAGGCUCCUUCGAAUAGCCAGUCCAGCAAAGACUCCAGCGAUGAUGAUGAGGAUGACGACGAUGAUGAGGACGAGAUGGCCGCAGCCCUGGAGGCGGAGUUAAACGACUUCAUGUGAGGAAGGGGGAGGGCCUAAAGGACUUCAUGUGUGAAGAAGGGGGAGGAGACUUCUCUAAUUGGUCUAGUCGUCAUGGGAGGGAGAGGGACUCCAAGAGGACCUUGCUCUUUUUUUACUUCUUUUUUUUCCCUUCUCCAUCAACCCUCCCCUCCUUCUCCCCUUCCGGUAUGUCAGCCUCCCUGUGGCAAACUGCACUGCCCAGACUCCUGGUACCCAGCGUAGGGGAGCCUUGUGUGUAUGUAUGCGUAUGUGUGUAUGUACGCGUGUGCGUGCUAUGUGUUAACUUCUCAGAUGAGAAUUAAUGAAGAGUCCUUUGUUUUUUUGUACAGUAUAUAGUUCUUUAGUAUACAGUACUAUUUCAGGUGGGAUUGAAUGACCUGUUUAACACAUUCCAAGUGUUGACAUGGUUUAAAAAAAAUAGAAGAAGAAAUAAGUGGUAAUUUUUGAAUUCGUUUAGAUUUGUUUGUGGGUAUUUUUUCUAUGACUUUUUAUACAAAUUAAAUUUGGAAAACAAAAACAUGAGAAAUGCUGAUGUGUAAUGGGAUGUGUUGGGUUCCGUCAUGCCAAAGAGCCUGAAGACAGGUCCCGAUGGACCAGCAGCUACAACUCCACAAACUUUUACGGGUCAAUGAUGGGGUUUUUGGGCUCAGGCGUCAGGUGGUUCAACCACAGCUCAUUCCCAUAAAUUAAUUAAUUGAUAAUUGGUAAUACAUGUACAGCAAUGAUAUAUAUGCUUCUCAGAUGAUCCUCUAAAAUAAAAUGUCAUUUAAUCCAUACAAUAGUGGCAUUAGCUGUGGUUGCACCAUCCUGACAUGUGCUACAACUAAAACAUUGUUGACCCUUGCACAGUGAUGGACAACGUGGAUUCAGGAGCUAUAACCCAGUGCCACAUAUUCCAAAAGACCGUAUUUUACUUUUACUGUAGCCUCCCAUUUGGGGCAAUUGAGAUCAGUGAAACCAGUGUCCGUUAGAAAAUGUGGCACUGGAUGUAGCUUCUGAAUUCAGGUUUCUCAUCACUGAAUAGAAUAGUAGAAUAGAAUAGAAAAAUACUUGCAUUUUUGGUGUGUGUGUGUGUGUGUGUAACUGAGUUUCUUUUUAGAGGAUUGAUUGUUCUUUACCAGCCAAGAGUGAACCCUGAGACGCCUGAAUGUGAUUGACACCAGUCUGAUCUUUUCAUGUUUUCAUUUCUGUUUCUCUCCCUCUCCCUCUCUCUCUUUCUCUCUCUCUCUCUCUCUCUCUCUCUCUCUCUCUCUCUCUCUCAGUCUCACUCUCACUCUCCUUGCUUUCUUUUGUUUUUAGCUUUUGUAACACAGUAGGUAUCCACUUCCUGAAGGUCUUAUUGUCAAAGGAUGCGUCCUUUAAAAAAGCUCCUCCUGUCCAACAUAGCGUGAGAAGAAUAUAGGAUGUGCCCUUUAAUAACAGCUCCUCCUGUCUUACCGAGUGAGAGAGAGGAGUUAGUUGAGAGUGCUUGACUUGGUCUUUGACGAGAAAAGAGAAAGAAGCCAACUUUGCAGAAGUUAACAACAGGUGCUGUCCUUCAUACAGUAGUCUGUGAGGAGUAUAGGAUGCACAGCUCUACAACUGUACUGUCCCAGUCUCGCCUGAAGCCCUGUAAGUUAGUAAGUUAGUCUUAACACACAGGUGACACAGGUAAUAUUGCUCAGUAGAUGCUCCCUAACGUUACUACUUUGCCUCCCGCACACAUUGAACAAAUUACUGUCCGAUUUAGGAUCCUAAUUUCCACCCAUGAGCUGCUGUGUCAGUAUGCAUUCAUUAGUGUAAGCUUAUUGAUGUACAUCAGGGAUGGGCAGCUGGAGGCCCAGCUUCCAUCACAGUGUAGUUUCAUCAAAUCAGUUGGUUGUCCAUGUCUUGCUAGAAACCACAUCCCUGCACUGUGGUCACCUGUGGUGAAGGUCAUGAGACCAGCAGUCAAGGUGUUGUGUAGUAGUGAUGGGUGCGAUCGAGGCGUAAGGUGAAGAUAGUCACGACCAGGAGUCAAGGGUUUUGUUUUUUUUGUUCUAAUAUCCUAACUCCCGUCCUCCCUGGUGCUUGUGGCCUCCUGUUGACAUCACAAGACAUCAUUGUCUUGCAAAAGGGCAAAUCAAAUGUAAUUUUCUCAUUUGCAAUUUGGAUGUUGAAUGGGGAAUAGUCCCCCAAAAAGUUGUUGUGACUAGUGCGACAGCGGGGAAAUGUUUUCUCCGUGGAGGUGGAGCGUCGGCAAAAGCGCGAGGCCACGGAGGCCGCGGAAUGGAGCGAAUUAGAAUAAUUAGAAAGAACCCAAGGUGAGGUGUAGAGAUGACCAUGACCAGGGCAUGAGGUAAAGUUAUUUGCGGCCAGGGUGUAAGGUGAAGUAAGUCAUGACCAGGCCGUGAGGCAGUAGUCUCCAAAUAGAAGCCCGUGGGCCAGAUCCGGCCCGGGCAUGGCAAACAUUUGGCCCGACAUGAGUAUGGAACAAAUGAAAACAUAUGUGUGUGCUAUCUGUAACCAUGCAUUCAGGCGAUUUGUUUGGCCCUCAGCAUCAUUUGCGCUACAUAAUUUGGCCCUCGGGGGAAAAAUAAUUGGAGGCCACUGCCGUAAGGUGUAGUGAUUGUGGCAACCAGGGCUUAAGAUGCGGCAAGUCACAUUCAGGGCUUAAGGUGAGGUGUGGUGAUAGUCAUGAUCUGAGCUACAGGUAAGGUCCUGAUUGGAUUUUCCUUUUAAGAUAGGUUGAAGUGCUGAUUUCUGAUUGGUUUAGCUCGUACCACUGUGAAAUGGGAUUGGCUGGUAGCCAAGCGAUGUCCCACCCAUGUUUUCUGCUUUUCCUGGCGUCUGGCAGGUGAAUUUUUUAUAAAAAAAAUUAACGUUGAAAAACAUUUAAAAGCUCAGCAUUGUGUUUUACUGCUUCACUGAUGUUGCGUUGUUUUUCCUUCUUCUUUUUAGCCUUUGUGUUGUUUUUAUUUUUCAAAGCAAAGACUGAUGUAAGAUAUUUGUACAUUCUAUUUCAUACUUGACCCAAGGAAAAGACGAAAAAAGCAUUUCAUUAAAUAAAGAUUUGUU